AUACAACAUAAUAUCAUUUUUAUUAAUUCUUAAAAUAUCUCCAGGAUUUAACAUUUUAUCAAUAUGUUUCAUGAUGGUUUGAAAACAACCUGAUACGCAGCUGUCGAUAUGAUGUUUAUAUCUAUGCUAUAAAUUGCUUGUUUUAGGCUAAUUUUGUUUCUGUUUAUUUGUAUGUAAAUAUAGAAACACGUGUUGUGGUUGUUAAUAGUGUUCGUAACUUUUUUGUGUUUAUAUGUAGCAGUAUCAAUAUGGAUAACAGUGAAUCAAACGAGAAACAAAUUAUGUUGGAUCAGACACCUGUUUGUGUGAUACUGAAAUCGGAGAACAAUAAUGGAUUUGGUUCAGCAGUGGCCAAAAUUCAGCGGGACGGCAGCAACGACUCGGCCCUUCUUCAGCCGAACGACAUGCACGAAAUGCCCACGCAAAAAGGAUUUUCCUCGAAGAUGGGGGUAUUGCAUCAGUGUUACGUAACUGGGGCGGUUUUGCUGCUUGCUGCAGCUUGUGGUAUGCCAAUUGGUUAUUCGGCCGUUUUGCUGCCGCAACUUCAAGAAAGGAAUGACUCAUUGGCAACAGAUGCCGACAUGGGCUCCUGGAUUGCAUCUGUGCAUUCUCUGGCGUCUCCAGUUGGGUCAUUUCUUUCGGGUUCUCUGAUGGACCGUUGUGGUCGUCUGAGGGCAUUGCAGAUCUCGGUCGCUCCACUCAUAGGCGGCUGGGUCUUGCUCGGAUGCGCUCCUUCGCAUGCAGUUUUACUGGCCGGUAGGCUUGUGGCUGGAUUUGCUGUCGGGCUGAUGGCACCACCAUCACAGGUGUUUCUCGGCGAAAUAUCAGAACCCCGGCUAAGGGGGACGUUGAUCGGAGCCCCAUUUGUGUCAUAUUCUCUUGGAAUUCUCCUGGUCUAUGCCCUGGGCAGCUCCUUACAUUGGAGGGCCGUAGCUGGUGCAGCAACUGUGCUGCCAGCGCUCGCCUUGCUGGCGAUGUGUUUGAUGCCCGAAAGUCCAGUCUGGCUCGUUAGGAAAGAAAAGCGAAAGCGCGCCGAAAAAGCUUUACUAUGGCUUCGAGGUGACGAGAAACUGGUGUUCCUCGGCGAAAUAUCAGAACCCCGGCUAAGGGGGACGUUGAUCGGAGCCCCAUUUGUGUCAUAUUCUCUUGGAAUUCUUCUGGUAUAUGCCCUGGGCAGCUCCUUACAUUGGAGGGCCGUAGCUGGUGCUGCAACCGUCUUGCCAGCGCUCGCCUUGCUGGCGAUGUGUUUGAUGCCCGAAAGUCCAGUCUGGCUCGUUAGGAAGGAAAAGCGAAAGCGCGCCGAAAAAGCUUUGCUGUGGCUUCGAGGUGACGAGAAACUGUUCAUUAGAAAUUCAAACUCACCUACAACAGUAAAAUAG